AUAGCUGGCAUUACUGCUUUUAUCAUUUGCGAGAACACAAAGGCUGCGCUUUACAGGACCGUUCUCCAAAACGAGGAUCUUUUUAAAAAUAUAUAUAUAUACAUUUAUAGUCGCAAGCAAUCCUCAAGCGGGAUUUUGAGGGAGGAAGAGAUGAAAGCUAUCAGCCCCAUGCGAUCAGUGAGAAGCUGUCACGAGGCCGUGUGCUGCUUGUCUGAUCAGAGUUUGGCGAUCUCACGGGGUAAGAACCCGGUGGAAGACUCCAUCACCUUGUUAUACGACAUGAACGACUGCUACUGUAAACUGAUGGAGCUGGUCCCUAGCAUUCCCCAGAACAGAAAAGUCAGCAAAAUGGAAAUCCUCCAGCACGUUAUCGAUUAUAUAUUUGACCUACAGAUUGCAUUAGAAAGCCAGCAAAAGGAUCCCGAGAACACCGCAUCGAGCAGCUCCCUACUAACCUUGCAGCGAUCGGAACUGUCUAGUGAAGGAGAGAGUCUGACCUUGUGUCACUGAUAAAAGCCACGGUGUGCAUUCAACUCGCCGCUCUCGCAUCGCUCCGAAUGUCCUGCCAGCGAAUCAAGCGUCAAGACCUCACACCCCCUCCCCACCCUUCCCGUUUCCACUUCCAACGAUAUCUUGAACAUUUCAACCAUUUCAAGGACAAAUCGUGUGUUUUUUUUUAAAAAAAAGGAACGAGCCUGUACAUAUCUGGGGAACGCUUUCGGUUUGGCACCCAGAGUACUCUAUUUUAACACCUCGCAUUUUAUCUUAAGGACCAAAGAAUUUUAAUGAAGUCAUCUUGAUUUCUUGAAAGAUAUUUUUAGAAAUUAAUGGAGAAAUUAUGUGAUUCAUGAUUAAUCUUUUGGAAGGUGCUGGUUGAUUGGAACUUGAUGAAAAGCAACAAAAAGUUUAGUUGAGAAUUUUUUUGAGGGGACCAAACGGUGAGGAUUUGGCUGGACUGGAACUCAAUAUUAGAAUGGCUAGUGUAUUCACAAUUCCAGAUUAAUCAGAGCUCUGACAGUGUUCAAGCCUCAAGCUCUGUUUUUGCUCAGAACUUUCUGUGGCAAAGAUAACCAGAAUUUGUGCCCCAAUACAGUGUAGGGUGCAGUUUCACAUAGCAUGGAUCACCCUCUUGCAGAGUGAGUAGAUGCAUUUCGGACUCUCUGGUGGGGCUAUUGCCUUCAAAGGUACAGAGUCCUGGAGAAGUACAGCAUGGAAACAGGCCUUUCAGCCCAUCUAAUCCAUGCCAACCACAGCAUCGUCCUUGCUAGUUGGUCUGUUUUUUGUAGGGACUAAAAUCCUCCAAGUCCCCUCCCCUUCAUGUACUUAUCCAAAUACCUCUUUAGUGUUGCAAUGGUCUGUGCCACAUCACUUCUGGCAAUCCAUUCCUGGUACUCGCUACUUUAUUGGCCACUCACUCCUGAGUUACUGAUGGAUGAAGUUCUCUUGACUCCGGUGAGAGAACUACUACUUCCUGGUGUGUGAGGGGAACAUCUGAGCAGGUUGCAUGCGGGAACAGUAACAAUUUACAACAGUGUAGGGGACUAUUGCUGGAUCUACUAAUUAGGACUACUCUUUUACCCUUAAAAGUUUAAAUAGAGCCACCAAUUAAGGCCAUAAGGUAUAGGAGCAGAAUCAGGCCAUUUGGCCCAUCAAGUCUGCUCCACCAUUUCAUCAUGGUUGAUUCAUUUUCCCUGUUGGCUCCAAGUGCAGUAUCAGGAUUUUAAGACAUGCCCAAAUUUCAACAUGUGGACCCAAGGAUUCUCCAGUUAAGCCUGUAGCACGGUUUGUGAAUAGUCAGAUCAGGAAAUCUCCUGAUUUCUUAACACUUGUGAUGACUACCACUUCGCAAUUCAAACUUGUGCAUGCAGUACUGCAGUGUUCUAAAUAUUUUUUUAAACAAAUCCCAAACAUAAUUGCUGUUGGAACGUUUGAAACAUGUCUGUACUGGGAGGAGGAAUCUUAUGUCCAUACUAGUGGAAGUGCACAAAUCUUGGAGAAGAGCUUCAAGUAGAUGCUGUAUCACUGAUCUGUAGAAAGGGGAGUGAAGUUCCCCAACUUUUGCGAACUCUAUACUAGAGUAUCUUUUGUAUAUUUGUGGGGAGAAAUUUUCCUGCAAACAUGUAUUUCUUCUGAUAUUUUUAAAAAACUUUUUAUAAAAGUUUAUGGAAAUGUAAAUUUUAUACAUAAUAAAAAU